GCUCCAGCAGUGUGUCGUGCUUGGCUGAUUCCGGUAAAGGUAUCGAGGGUGCGCGAGACCUCACUGUGAACCAGGGAGUGCACGCGGAUCGGGAGUUACAUGUGAUUUAACGGUGUUAAAGGCCUCGAGGUUCCGCCGCGAGUGUGUGUGUGUGUGUGUGUUAGAGACGCCGAGCAGCAGACCUGCAGACUGUAGCUGUGGCGCGAGGCGAAUCUCCAAGAUGAGUCAGUGGCUCGAGCUGCAGCAGCUUGACUCCACUUUCCUGGAACAGGUGGACCAGCUCUAUGAUGACAACUUCCCCAUGGCCAUCCGCCAGUACCUCAGCAACUGGAUCGAGAGCCACGACUGGGACCAUGUGGCCAACGUGGAGAACGAGUCACUGGCUCGAGUGCGGUUCCAUGACCUUCUCACCCAGCUGGACCACCAACACAGUCGUUUUGCAAUGGAGAAGGACUUCCUGAAUCAGCACAACAUCCGCAAGAUUAAACGCAACCUGCAGACUCUGUUCGGGGACAACCCCGUCUCAAUGGCCAUGAUCAUCAGCAAGAACCUGACUGAGGAGAGGAAGAUUCUGGCAACUGCACAAAUCUCUGAGAACCCGACACAUAACGCCCAGAGCGACAUGAUGAUCGAGAAACAGAAAGAGCUGGACAGCAAGGUGAAGGACAUCAAGACCAAAGUUCAGGAAACAGAGCAGAACAUUAAGAACCUGGAGGAUCUGCAGGACGAACAUGACUUCAAGAGCAAGACUCUGCAGAAUCAUGAGGAGCUGAACGGAACAAUAUCGAGGGAGGAUCUGAAUCGUGAGAAACUCUACCUCAAAGCCAUGUUUGUGAAGCUCAACAAUAUGAGAGCGGUGGUGGUGGGACAAAUGUCAGAGGUGCUAAACCUGAUCGAGCAGCUGGAGUACGAGCUGAUCUCAGUGGAGCUGUCUGAAUGGAAACGACGCCAGCAAAUGUCCUGCAUCGGAGGACUCACCAAUGUCUGCCUUGAUCAACUGCAGAACUGGUUCACGGCAUCGGGUGAGUGUCUACUGCAGGUUCAUCAGCAGUUGAAGAAGCUGUUGGAGCUGGAGCAGAAAUACUCCUACCACCAGGACCCCAUCAACCUGAGCCGGGUAUCGCUGGAGGAUCGUGCAGCCAUACAGCUUAAAACGCUGAUCACCAAUUCUAUGGUUGUAGAGAGACAGCCUUGCAUGCCUACACAACUGCAGAGGCCACUGGUGCUAAAGACUGGGGUUCUGUUUACUCUCAAAGUCAGAUUACUGGUGAAACUCCCAGAAUUUAACCACACAGUUCGAGUAAAGGUGCACUUGGAUAAAGAUGUGACGGAGAAGAGAAAAGGUUUCCGGAAGUUCAACAUCCUCGGGACGAGCAUGAAGGUGAUGAACAUGGAGGAGUCGAUCGGGAUGGCUGCUGAAUUCAGACAUCUGCAACUGAAAGAGCAGAAAGUAGCAGGGAACAGGACCAACGAGGGUCCACUGAUCGUUACUGAAGAGCUCCACUCGUUCACAUUUGAAGCAGAACUCUGCUGGUCAGGACUCAUCAUAAACUUUGAGACGUCAUCUCUUCCUAUUGUGGUCAUUUCCAACGUUAGCCAGCUGCCAUGUGGUUGGGCCUCCAUCAUGUGGUACAACAUGUUGACCUCUGACCCUAAGAAUCUGGCGUUCUUCGUGAACCCGCCCUCGGUGAGUUGGGGUCAGCUGUCUGAGGUGCUGAGCUGGCAGUUCUCCUCCAUCACCAAGCGAGGACUGAACACCGAGCAGCUGAACAUGCUGGGACACAAACUACUGGGACCAAAAGCUUCCAAAGACCCCGAGGCUCAGAUUCCCUGGAAUAAAUUCUGUAAGGGAGGCAGUGAAAAGAACUUCACCUUCUGGUUGUGGAUCGAAGGAGUGUUGGACCUGAUCAAGCGACACCUCCUGAGCCUGUGGGAUGAUGGGUGCAUUAUGGGAUUUGUGACUAAGGAGCGCACUAAGGCUCUGCUCAGUGAUAAAGCUCCCGGAACUUUCCUGCUGCGCUUCAGUGAGAGUAAUCGAGACGGCGCCAUCACCUUCAGCUGGGUCGAACACACCCCCAACGGUGAGCCGCAGGUGCGCUCAGUCGAGCCCUACACGAAGAAGGAGCUCUCUGCCGUCUCUCUGGCUGACAUCCUCAGAAACUACAGAGUGAUGGCUGCCGAAAACGUCCCCGAGGACCCGCUGCGCUUCCUGUAUCCCAGCACCCCCAAAGACGACGCCUUCUGCAAAUAUUACUCCAAACCUACUGACAAACAUGAGCCCAUGGACGUGGACAAGAAAUCAGACGAUUAUAUCAGAACUACACUGAUCUCUGUCUCUGAAAUGGAAAACCAAAGAAAACGCCUCCUCGGCAGUGAAUUCCUACACGGGAACCCUGGCUGGUCUCCUCAACAGCAAGUGACAUCAAAUCAACAUGAACAGAAAACCUCCGAGUACAACGACAUCAUGAUGCCGCUCUCGCCCGAGGUGUACGGAGAACUGGAGCGCAUGACCCGUGACCUGACCGGAGAUCUCGGAGAGCUGUGCUGCGGCCUUCCCAACGAGUGACGCAUGGAUGGAGCCGAGACCUUCACUCGUCGUCUCCACCCACAGAACGGAUGAUGACGACGAGAGCACCCGAGGUUCGGUGCAUCUGCGAGCCACUCGUACAUUUUAUUAGAAGCUGUAAUCACAGACCUAACUUUUAUAUUAAGGCUGAUUUUUAAAGCACCUUACAUGUUAAUAGCACUUACCUGCUGCUGACGCACUUUUCCUCUCGCUUUAGAAAUGAGACACAAGGUAUUAUAUUCGUGUCGUCCAGCUGUGCCUCUUUUUUUUUUUUUACAUUGUAUUAGUACAGUAAGAAUCUACAGUAUAUAUAUUUUCAGCAGGGAAAGUCAGUCACUGUAAAUUUAAACUGUCCUGUAAGGCAGCAGAGGCGAAGGGACGCGACCCCACACGCUGCCUCGACCCGUCCACCUUACGCCACGUUCACGUUCCGCGCGUUUAUCACCACGUUCACGUUACUGCGUCCACAUUCGUGACCCUUACAGAUUUGUUCCCACUCCUGUUUGUGAAAGGAAACAAAAUCCCCAGAACGACAAAAAGCAAACGUCCGACUCGAGCUCGAAAAGCUUUGCUUUUAUUUGAUGCUUUGUUUGAAACAAAGUGCUCGGCUUCAGCAGUAACACAACCAACUGAACGGCGUAACAGGAAGAAUACAAAGACAUCUGCAUAUUCAGCUUUAUACGGAGAACAUGUGGGUGUAAUAUAAUAUAAUAUAUAUGUGAUACAUUCAGUCCUAACGUAGCCUGUGAUUGGACAGAGUGCAGCGUGUCAUUAGAUUAGAUUCAGUUUGUGAACCGUCUGAUUGGAUGUUGUUAGAAAUACCCUGGCGACUCUUUUCCUCUCCUGCAGCAACUCCGUCACAAACAGAAAGCUUCUUGUUUUUACUUCUACAGUUUUUUUUCCCCCCGUACUAGAGGUUUUUAUGCAGUAUGUGUGUGUGUGUGAGAUAUUAACGCUUUUCCAGCCUGGAUACACUUAAUAAAAAAAGAAUAAGAGGAGGUACAAAGGUGUAAAGACAAGAAGCCACAGUGCUCUCAAAUAAUCACGGUUACAAUAUAUUUAUAUCAAAAAUAAAUAAAUAAAUACAUAAAUAAUCUGUAACAAUUAAGAUUCAGUCUACAGACAAAGUGCCGAUGCUUCUGGAAACCAGGAGAGCGAGCGCGAGCGCACACACACACACACGACUGACUGUAGAUCUGUGUGUGUGUGUUAAUGCUGCAGAAGUGCUAACAAUCUGACACCGGUGUAUCCAGGCUGAGAAUAUUGUAAGCUUUCUGUUUCGAUACAUUGAAUUCAAUAAAGAGAGAAAUAAUGAAAUCAA